GAGGAGGGGCUGAAGACUUUCCGCUGCAGCAACGCUCGGCUGACGGAGGUCCCCAGAGACAUACCCAACGAUACCAACAAGCUCUACCUGGACUCCAACCGAAUUCCCUUCCUGCCCCGCGACGCCUUCCGGGACCUCCCGCUCCUGCUGGAGCUGGAUCUGUCCCACAACGCCAUCGCCGGCGUCGAGAGCGGGGCUUUCCGGGGCCUGGCAGAGCACCUGCACUCUCUGGACUUGUCUUCCAACAGGCUGGUGUCGGUCAGCAAAGACGCCUUUAGCAACCUGAAGGCCAAGGUCAACCUCUCCGACAACCCCUGGCUGUGUGACUGUCGGCUGCAGGAGCUGAUCCCCGGGGCCGGCCCCGCGGCCGGCAUCGUGUGCGACUCCUCCGCGCAGGAGGAGCACGUCGGCAAAGCUUUCCUGCAGGUGAUCGCCGACACGGACUUCUGCAACGUGUACAAAAAGACCACGGACAUCGCCAUGUUGGUCACCAUGUUCGGCUGGUUCGCCAUGGUGAUCUCCUACCUGGUCUACUACGUGCGGCAGAACCAGGAGGACGCCCGGCGGCACCUGGAGUAUCUCAAGUCCCUGCCCAGCAAG